AUGGCUAGUUCAAAUGAUCAGAACUCUUUCAACUGUCCAAUCUGUCUGGACCUGCUGAAGGACCCAGUGACUAUGCCCUGUGGACAUAUCUGCUGUAUGACGUGUAUCAAGAACUGUUCGGAUCAGACAAGGGGACAAGGUUGCCCACAAUGCAGACAGGCCUGCACUCCAAGACCUGCCCUCAACCAGAACACUCUUCUUGCUGAAAUGGUGGAGAAAAUGAAGACGAAAGCGAACACACCGGCCUCUGGACCUGGAGACGUGGAUUGUGAUUUCUGCACUGGGAGGAAACAGAAAGCCGUGAAGUCCUGCCUGGUCUGUCUGGCUUCUUACUGUAAGACUCACCUCCAUCCUCACUAUGAAUCUCCUGCCUUUAAGAACCACAGACUGAUCCAAGCCAGCAAACGACUCCAAGACCAGGUCUGUUCUCAGCAUCAGAAACCUCUGGAGGUUUUCUGUCACUAUGACCAGCUCUGCAUCUGUGUUUUGUGUACCGUGGAUGAACACAGAGGGCAUAAGACGGCAACGGCUGAAGCUUACAGAGAGGAAAAACAGAAGCAGCUGUGGAACACAAAGUCUAUAUUCUUACAGAGGAUCAAGGAUAAGGAGACUGACCUCCGAAUGCUGAGGAAGGCUGUAGAGUCUCACAAGUCCUCGACGCUGGUAGCGAUGAAGUACACUGAGACGAUCUUCACUGAGCUCACAUCCUUCCUUUUGAGAAAACAGUCUGAGACGGUGGAGAUGAUCAAAGCUCAGGAGAAGGCUGCAGUGAGACAAGCUGAAGUUCUCCAGGAGAAACUGGAGCAAGAGAUCGCUGAUCUCAAGAGGAGAACUGAUGAGAUUGAGGAGCUUUUACAAACACAUGAUCACAUUCACUUCCUCCAGAGCUUCCAGCCUCUCUCUGCCCCUCCCGCUGAAUACUCGCCCAUCGCCUUCAGUCCACGCAACACCUUUGAGGAUGUGGGGAAGACUCUCAAUGAGCUAAAAAAGCAACUAGAAGAUUUCACUGAGCUGAUCGUUGGCAGGGUAGCCGGAGAAGAUUCCUGCCUGCUCACCCUGGACACCAACACAACAAACCGGCUACUGUGGCUCUCUAAAGAGAACAGAAGGGUGACCUGCAAUAAAGAAGGCACUUCGUACCCUAGUCAUCCAGAGAGAUUUGUCGAGCAUGAGCAGGUUCUGUGCAGAGAGGGUCUGGCAGGACGUUGUUACUGGGAGGUGGAGUGGAGUGGGAAGCUUGGGGUCUCUAUAGCAGUGGCAUAUAAAGAGAUGAACAGGGCUGGUUCAGACAGUCUGUUUGGUCGUGAUAAUCAGUCGUGGAGAUUAAGAUUCACUGAAAAAAACUGGCACUUCUGGCACAACGAUAAUAAGUCUGAAGUCCCCAAAGUGCCUAAUUGCUCUAGAAUAGGAGUAUAUUUGGAUCACGAGGCAGGAACUCUGUCCUUCUACAGCGUUUCUGAUACAAUGACCCUCCUACACAAAGUCCAGACCAAGUUCAAUAGACCUCUCUACGCCGGGUUUAAGAUCAACUGUGAUUCAACCUUAAGAAUUUGUGACUUAUGA